AUGCGGCUGAGCACGGCGGUGGAGCUGCGCACGUCCGAUGCACAACAACCCAACCACCACCACCGCCAGCGCCAUCCCGAAACGUCUGACAAUAACUGCCCGCCUACUUUCUCUCUCUUGCGAUUCCUCUGUGUUUAUCUCUCUCUAAAUCUCUCUCUCUCUCUCUCUCUCUCUCUCUCUCUCUCUCUCUCUCUCUCUCUCUCUCUCUCUCUCUCUCUCUCUCUCUCUCUUGAAUCCAUUUGGACAAGAAGCAACAGAAAGCAAAUCAAGGCACGCAUCGUGCCCCAUCAUGAUGGGUCCGAGAGCGUGCUUACCUCGCCUCGAGGUGCACUUUCUCCUGCUAUUGGUGCUGUUGUCUCAACACUAGUGCUGCGAGAUGAUUUGACGCUCGACGCGACCACAGACCUGGUUUCACUGGAGCUCACGUUGAGUGGGACCAGCGUUCUCCAGGGCUCGUUGACAAUUGAUACGACGGGCACCGAUGCCAACUGGCUCGCCGCAGCAACGGCCGUGCUGGCACCCCUUACGGACAUCCGCGGCUAUGUCUCCGUCAUUGAUGCGGGUGAUCUCCUGACCAAUCUUGAACUUUUAGCCAACGUUCGAGUGAUCCGCGGCCGCCAGCUCGUGACCCCGACCGGUGAAACCCAGCCCGUCGCCCUGCUUGUUGAAACCGGAACAAACAUGGUCGCUCUCGGUCACCUCAAGCUUGCCGCGAUUUUACGUGGUGGCGUCCUCAUCAAGGCUCGCAGCGGUGUGGCCGAUGGUGAUGUGCUCGUGUGUGGCGCAGCUUUCCGCCCUGCCCCCUCAACCGCUGGAAUCGACUGGCUCUCCAUCCUUGCACCCCAUUCCGGCAGCGCGCAGGUGGACAACGAAACAGCACCCACCCUCGUCACACGCAAUGCCUUCUUCGACUUGCGAUUUGACGUGCGCGUCAACACCAGUUGCACCGGUGCAUGUGCGGUCUCUUGCAACGGGACCUGCUGGCUUGCCUCGGACGACAGUGCCUGCCAGACCAACGUAUUCCCUGCAUGCGGCCGUGUGGGCGUCGCCGUUAAUGAUGCCACCACGUGCUGUGACUCGAGCUGCCUUGGUGGUUGUCUCGCCAACGGGCAGUGUUUGGCGUGCGCCGAGGGCCUGGUCAUGUCUAGUCAGGGCGUUUGUGUGAGCAGUUGCCCCGGCACGCUUUCUCGAGUUGGGUUCAUGGAAUCUACUCCUGAGACUUGCUUCGGUGUGGUGCCCGACCUUUCCACGGUCACAGCCGCCAUCCAUGACCCCGUGGAGUGCGUGGCCAGCUGCCCGCCCGGCCUUUUUGCGGCCACGAUUGCUGAACGUCGUGAAUGCGUGCUCGCCUGCCCUGGUGGCCCUGCAAGUAUCGGACUCUGCAAUGAUCAACCUGCCAACGCCACGGGACAGCGAGCCUGCACUGGCAUUCAAGCACCUUUGGCUCGCGAGUGCCAGGUGGCGGCCGUGGCUGACCAGGACUGUGACACCUUGCUGAUGGAUGUAUCCAUGAGCGACGUUCAGUUUGGUCUUUCCGGUUCUCGUCUCCUGCCUGCCUUGCAGCGCAUUCAGCGUAUCAAGGGUGCCAUCACGGCAACUGAGACACUAUUCGUAAACCUCGACUUUUUCAAGGGCCUCAUUGACUUGCGGGCUGCAACGCCAACCUCGGUGGCGCUCAACGUGACACAAAACCCAGUUCUUGCAUCGCUGGGCCUCAACAAUCUACGCUCCGUCCAAGGCCAUGUCCUGCUGCGAGACAACUACUAUCUCUGCUUCACGAGCGAGCUCAAGUGGACUGACCUGCUCACCGCAGGCAGCGAGUUUGACGCCACAUUCUCCUACGAGACGCGCGUGCAGAGCGUUACACUUCGCACAUACCCCUACCCACCCAUCUACGACGAGGAUGAGCGUCUUUCCUCUCAACUGCCGGCCCCAAACGUCCCGUCGCCCCGCUACAACUUUCUCUAUGAUAUGCUGUAUUUUGGUGAAAACAUUUACAAGUGCCGUCUGACGACAUGCGAUGCACAGUGCGCCACUCGACCGUGCUGGUCUAGUGACCCAGAUGCAUGCCAGCGCUGCCCGUCGGGUCAGCGCCUGCAGGAGGGUCGCUGCGUUGCUGCAUGCGAUGAGGGCUACUACCCAGAAGACGACUGGUUAUGCGCUGCCUGUUACGCGACGUGCGCCACGUGCAGUGGGCCUGGCGAGGAUCAAUGCACCAGCUGUACUGGCUCUUUAAGCCUUAGUGAGGAUGAAUGCAUCGUCAACUGCCCCUCACGUCAAUACUCAGACUUGAACGUCUGCCACGAUUGUUCCCCUCUGUGUACCACUUGCCGAGAUGGCACCAACAGCUCGUGUCCAACCUGCGCGCCAGGUGCUGUGAAGAUGCCUGGCGUGGCAGAUACUUGCGUGACCGAGUGUCCCGACGGCUACUUUCUCAAUUCCGUGGCUGGCUCCUGUGACCGAUGCCGUGACCUCCGCUGCAAGAUUUGUGCGAUCGAUGGCACAUGCGAGGCCUGUUUUGCCGGCAACUUCUAUGAUUUGGAUCAACUUGCGUGUCAACCGUACACAAGCUGUACCAACACAACAUACAUGUCUCAGGCGCCAACCCCGACGUCCAAUCGCGAGUGUCGCACGUACACUUCGUGCCAAGUGGGCGUUGAAUUCAUUGCUACACCUGGCACUCCCACCUCGACAUGCGACACAGCUUACGAGGACGACGUGUGCCCCUUGACAAGCACAAGCACAAGCCGCGUCCAAACAAUUGCCGCGCCUGUUGAGAAGAUGAAAUCCCUCAUUGAGGACACUGGAGGUGAUGAAUGGGAGAUUCACCGUUCACGCGUCGUCGUUGGUACGAAACUGGGCGGUGGCUUCUUUGGUAUUGUAUCGCGUGGCUUGCUGCGCCCUUCAAUUACCAGCAAUGCUGGGGCACGGGACGUGGCCGUGAAGCAGCUCAAACGGGAUGUCGAGGUUGGCUCACGUGAAGUGACGGAAUUUUUCGACGAGAUGGAGCUGAUGAUGGAUCUUGGGCGUCACCGAAACGUGCUGAGUCUGCUGGGUGCCUGUCGCCGAGAGCAACCUGUGUUGAUGAUUCUCGAGUUUGCGGACAAGGGCGACCUGAUGCAUUUUUUGCGGGAUUGUCGAGCCACCGAUGCGCGUGCAGCCCUGCUGACCCGAAGCGACUUUUUCGAUUUUGCUGCUCAGAUUGCCGCAGGCAUGGAGUUUCUCGCCGGCCACAAGAUUAUCCAUCGUGAUUUGGCGGCGCGCAAUGUCCUCGUUCAAAGCAAAGGGCGCACGGAAAUUGACGGCUACACUCUCAAAAUCGCCGAUUUCGGUCUUGCUCGCACCGCGGGCGAUGAUGACAAUUACACGAAAACCUCGGAUGGCGCAGUGCCGUUCAAGUGGCUGGCCAUUGAAAGCCUGCGGGACCGAGUGUUCUCUGAAGCAUCUGACGUCUGGGCUUUUGGCAUCACAUGCUGGGAGAUUUUUACUUUUGGGCAGGGCCCAUACCCAGGCAUUGCCAACGCUAGCAUCUACGACGAAUUAGUGAAGGGCCACCGCUUGGCCAAACCCUUUCUGUGCAGCAAACUCAUGUACGGCAUCAUGGUGCACUGCUGGAAAGAAAAUCCUCGGGAACGACCAACAUUUGCAGCGCUGCUAAAGUCCAUCGCACCCUUGGCCAGAAAGACGGCUGACCAGUUCCGUGAUCAAAAUGCUGGCUGGAAGCCGCGCUUUGAGGAUGAUGAUGACGUGUAUGACAACGAAGGCCUCUUUGAGCCCAGCAAGCUGGCCGAUGCAGACUCAGGCUACAGCCGCUUCCGUAACAGUGUGGUCGAGACACGACCCGAUGAGUACUAUGACCUGGCCGGUGAUGAUGAGGAGCCAGCCACAGCCACGAAACCGCUUCCCACACAUGAUAGUGGUGCUGCCAGCGAUACGGGCUACAAUCUCUUGACGGGCAUGCCCGCAAAACCUGCGCCAGCGAGCUUGGUGAUCAAUCCGAGCUUUCAGGACGAAGCCGUUGCCUAUGAUCUGGGCGCCGAUGACACCAAUGACAACCGCAGCAACUCGUAA